AUGGAGUCGCUACCACAGAUUAUUCAGUCAAGCAUAAUAAACCCCUUACAACCCCUACUUCGACAAAUCACUACAUCUUUACCUGUUCCCGUGAACGACGCGCUCAUCUCACUACUCGGUGCCAACUGCUUCACAUCCCUCGUCCUCGGCCUUGACAUAACAAAAGACCCAGAAUGUCUGCCGCUUGCAAUUUCCAAAGCUCUUGGAAUUGCCAUCGUACUGUUCAGCGCGAUCGUCAAAGUUCCGCAGAUUCUCAAGCUGAUCUCCUCACGCUCAGCAGCCGGAGUCUCCUUCACAUCUUACGCGCUUGAGACGACCAGCUUUCUUAUCACUCUUGCUUACAAUGCGCGUCAGGGAUUUCCUUUCAGUACAUAUGGUGAGGUUGCAUUGAUUGCUGUGCAGGACAUUGUGGUCAGCGUUUUAGUUUUGGUAUUUUCUGGCCAAACAGCUUCUGCAGGAGCGUUUCUCGCUGCGGUCGUUGGUAUCGUCUACGCCUUGCUGUUUAGUGGCGAAACCAUUGUUGACCAGGCUACUAUGGGCUAUCUCCAAGCUGGAGCCGGACUACUCGGUAUUGCCAGCAAGCUCCCCCAAAUCUAUACGAUCUGGAACCAGGGAGGCAUUGGACAGCUUAGCUCUUUUGCGGUUUUUAAUUAUCUUUUUGGUUCCCUCUCUCGCAUCUUCACUACCCUCCAGGAAGUGGAUGAUAAACUCAUACUCUAUGGCUUUGUGGCUGGAUUUACCCUUAACGUCAUACUUGCUGGCCAAGUAAUCUACUACUGGAACGCUCCAUCUGCCGUUACCGAGAAGACCUCAACCCGAGUUUCACACGAGCAAGAGUCUGCAGGAGUAUCGAGCGGAGUGUCCCAGAGUCCCCCGGUCAAAGGCCCAUCAACGAGACGAAGAGGCUGA